GUUCCUCACGCUGAUGAUAAGAUUCCUCACACUGAGGAAAAGGUUCUUCACGCUGAGGACAAGGUUCUUCACGCUGAGGAUAAGGUUCCUCACCCUGAGGACAAGGUACCUCACGCUAAGGGCAAGGUUCCUCAUGCUGAGAACAAGGUUCCUCAUGCUGAGGACCAGGUUCCUCACGCUGAGGACAAGGCCCCCCACGCUGGGCACAAGGUUCCUCACGCUGAGGAGAAGGUUCCUCACGCUCAGAACAAGGUUCCUCACGCUGAGGACAAGGUUCCUCACACUGAGGACAAGGUUUCUCACGCUGAGGACAAGGCUCUUCACGCUGAGGACAAGGUUCCUCACGCUGACAACAAGGUUCCUCGCGCUGAGGACAAGGUUCUUCACGCCGAGGACAAGGUACCUCACGCCGAGGACAAGGUUCCUCGCGGCGAGGACAAGGUUCUUCACGCCGAGGACAAGAUUCCUCAAGCUGGGGACAAGGUUCUUCACGCUGAGGACAAGGUACCUCACCCUGAGGACAAGGUUCCUCACGCUGAGAACAAGGUUCCUCAUGUUGAGGAGAAGCUUCCUCAGGCUGAGGACAAGGUUCCUCACACUGAGAACAAGGUUCCUCGCGCUGAGGACAAGGUUCCUCACGCUGAGGACAAGGUUCCUCACGCUGAGGGCAAGGUUCCUCACGCUGAGAACAAGGUUCUUCACGCUGAGAUCAAGGUUCCUCAUGAUGAAGGACAUUGUUCCUUACGCUGA